AUGUCCUUCAAGUCGAUGAAUAGACCUGUUCUUGAUCGAGCUACAGCUCUUUGUCUUGCUUGCUCGUCCUCUCUUCCUCCUCGCAAGGCUAUCUCGAGUUCGCCUUCGUCAAUUAUCGGGGGUGACGAGAUCUUUAUCACUCCUUGCUGUGGUCGCCCAAUCUGCCCAGCGUGUCUAUCCGCCAAUCCUCGUCUAUCGAGAUAUAACCCAUGUCUGCGUUGCCUAGGUGGGAUGGACGCCGUCAACAGCCGCUCUCUUGUCAGCAGCAAAGCCACUAGUGAGCCUAGGUACGGGUAUAGCGCACAUACUAUUAAGAAUGUCGACGGGGCGGUCAGAGAUGAGGACGUUUUCACCUUAGGAGACGAUGACGCGGACGAUAUAGACGAUGAACCCGAAGGUAUCGUGACGCCUCCUCCCCCCUAUGAGGAGACUUCGGUCCCAGAUUGCCCCUUGGAGACUCUAUCCAGCAACCCCAGCGGUAGUCGGCGGUCAUCUGCAUCCGCUGAUCAUCCUGCGUUGGACUCUGCUGAAGUCGCAGAGUCCUCGACUCCUGCUAGGUAUUACAUCAAACCAUCAGAUACUCUGCUCGGCAUCGCUCUCAAGUUCGAUGUUGACGCUCAUGCUGUAUGCCGUCUGAAUGGUCUUCCUCCAAGUACCAUACGCACCACCCCACAUCUACUGCACACCCGCAGUUUCUUGACACUACCGCCAAGUGCACGCAACACUAAUAUGGUCAGGGGGUUUAACUCACAGCGAGAGGACGAAGAGCACGUCGCGCGCCGCGUACGUGCCCAUGCCGAGCUGCGCUUCCGGGCGCUGACGAAAGAGGAUGAUCCACGAGUCGCACGGGCAUACGUUGCCAUAGCAGACUUGCGAGAUCCGCUUGAUGACAGUGAAUUCAAGCUGAAUGCAGAUCACUGCGAUGAUGCAUCCUGGAAGAAAAUCGGUCCCGAACCUUCUGCCGAGCUUGAAACUCUGGAGGAACGUGCGGUGGAUCAAUACUACGAUGACGACGAGUGGGAGCAGAGAGAAAGAAGGGAGGGGCGACAGGUGGUUCUUCCCAAGUUUCCAUUGGAGGAUCGCCCGCGUGUAGGACAAGUCGUGGACCCCAGCCGCAUUGCAUGGUGGCAAUGGCUCUAA